AUGAAAUCUCCAUAAAAAGAUUUUGCUUCAACAUAAUUUGAUAAAUAGAAGGUUUCCUUUUGGUAAUUUAAAAGUAUAUGUAAAUUACCUUCAAGUAUUAAAUUCGAUAGAUUCAAUGUCUAUUCUGAAAAGAAAAAAACGUUCAAAGAGAUAGAGAUAACUAAGAUGCAGAGUUUAAUAUUUAAGAAAAAGAAGAAUUAAGUAUGAUGGCAAUAUGAUAUUAGAGUGGAUUUUAUGUUUUAGAUAUAACAGAUUGUAUAAUUUCAAUAGUAGAAAACAAUCAUAUAGGUCAUGGGCUUAGUUUUAUUAAGGCAACUUUUGAGUUUCUAAUAUUUGGGUCUUAAAUUCUUGAUUGGUUUGAAUAAUUAAAAAAGUAUUGUUAUCAAACAGAGUUUAGUAAUAAGUAUGAGUUGUUGAGUUUAUUAAACAGAGGAUCAUUAUACAAAGUAUCAAUUUUAUAAUAAUAAAUUAGGUAUACGAUGCAAUUAAUAUCUUCGAAUAAACAAAUUAUACUGUGAAAGUAUAUGAGAAAUAAAUAUUAACAAAAUAAUCAGAUAUUGAUGCAAUUAAAAAGGAGAUUUCUAUAUUUAGAUUAAUGAAUCAUCCUGGAGUUGUAAAUCUGAUAGAAGUGUUUGAAAAUGAAUUAGGAUAUUUAUUAGUAUAUGAUUAAUUUGAAGGAGGUACAUUAAGUGAUCUAAUAAAAAAAUAUUAAAUUCCUGAAUAAUAAGCAAUUAAUAUAAUGUUUAGAUUGCUUGAUUCUUUAGGUUAUAUUCAUGAAUAGAAUAUCUUACAUAGAAAUUUGAAACCUGAGAAUAUUUUAGUAAAGAAUCUUUUAGCUCUUAAUAAUGUUUAUAUAAGUGAUUUUAGUCUUGCUGAUUAUUUUAGAAGAGAUGUUAAAUAUUUAUUUACACGUUGUGGAACUCCAGGAUAUGUAGCUCCAGAAAUUUUAUAAGAUAAAAGUUAUGAUUUUAAAGUUGACGUCUAUAGUUUAGGAGUUAUUUUUUUUACAAUGUUAUCAGGAGGUAUCUCACCAUUUCCAACAAAAAGCUAUGAUGAAAGAAUAUUUCUUAAUUAUCAUGGAUAAAUUGAUUUCUCUAUAAUUGAUGCAUCACUUGAUUCUCUUGAUUUAUUAAAAAAAAUGUUAGAAAUCAAUCCAUAAAAAAGAAUCAAUUCAUCAUAAGCAAUUUGGCAUCCUGUAUUCAAAGGAUUACAUAAACUUAAAAUUACUAGUUUAGAAUCAGAGAAAAGAAAUUCUUCUAUUAAAUUAAUUAUUAAAACGAAUCUGCCUCCUAAAACUAUUGAAAAUACAAAAUUAAUUACUUCUCCAAUUAAUUUAUUACCUCCUGCUUCAAUAUAAUUUUAAAGAAGAUAAAAAUUUAGAAUUACAUAUAAAAAUAAUAGACAGACUUUAAGUAAUGCAUCCUCUCCAGGAAAUAAAUUAUUAUCAAUUUAAUCACAAAAAACACUCUUAUCUAUUUUCCCUUGAAUACCAA